AUGUUUUUCGGCGGUACAUCGAUAUCUGCUGGGCUUGUUCUUCGGAGCAGAAGAAAGGAGACCAAGGGGAUGAAAGUUAUUAUCGCAAUCGAUUUCGGCACAACCUAUUCGGGCAUCGCUUAUGCCAACACAGGAGAAGCCGAUAAACAAACGGUUAUGAGAAACUGGGGGCGAGGAACUCCUAGCGAUGAUAAAGUCCCAACAAUCCUACGCUAUGAUAACGGUGGUACGACUGGUCCUUUUAAAUGGGGCUUCCAGGCACGGAAACAGUUGCGCAAGGGGCGAAAGAUGCAUGAGUGGUUCAAGCUAGGGCUUUGUCCUGAACAUGAGGAGCGACGUGCCGCCGAGUCUGAGCUGAGCAGGAAAUACCCCAGUACAACGGCCCUGGCCCCAGUCACGGGAGACAAGGAUGAAAAGCUUGUCGUCGACUAUCUCUCAAGGCUCAAGAGGCGCGUUGACGAGCACUUCGGAGAGUUUGAUGUGCGUGUCUAUGAACUCCCGAGGAAGUACAUCGUCAUCGUUCCGGCAAUAUGGGACCAUUGGGAGCAAGACAGAACCCGUAACUACGCCCAGAGAGCUGGCAUAGGAAAGGGGAGUUGGCUACAGAUUAUCUCAGAACCCGAGACUGCCGCCACCUUCGCGUUGGACAGAAUGCCCCGGCUCGGCUUAAGGGCGGGAAAUACGUUUGUCAUAUGUGACGCUGGUGGAGGUACCGUUGACCUUACAUCUUAUACGAUCCGGUCCCUGGACCCCAUCAGUCUUGCUGGUGCUGGAAAGCGCUCUGGCGGACUACGCGGCAGUAGCUUCCUUAACAGAAUAUUUGCAAAUUGCCUUCAACACAAACUCCGAGAUUAUUAUGGGGGCUGGGAUCAAGGAUUUCUGGACUAUGCCGUGGAUGAAUUCGAAAGACGAAUCAAGACCGAGUUCACAGGUGACGGGGAUAACGGGACAUACACAAUCAUGGUGCAUGGAUUAGCUGAUAGCCAUCGGCACAGAAUCAUUGGAUGCUCUCUCGAACUGUCGGUCAAGGAGCUUCGAGAAAAUGUGUUCAAGGAGGCCAUCGCUAAGAUUCAGGGGCUCGUCCGCAAUCAGAUCGCCACGACCAACAGCGCCAUAGUUCGAGGAGCGUUGAUAGCGGGCCUUACUCGACAUAGCAAAGACCAAGAUGGAGUGUUCAGGGUCCGAGGUCCCCGAGUCGAGUCUAGGAUAGCUGGGAGAUCCUAUGGAACCUGUGCCUAUCAGCGGUUCAACCCGAAGGAAGACGAUGCGUCGAGAAAGCAACGCCUAUCAACUGGGGAAGACCUAAUAGAGCGUAUGCAAUGGUUUGUCAACGAGGGUCACAGCAUCCAAGACCGAGUUCUGAAGCCUUUCGAGUUCGAAAAAGAACAGGAAGUUAUUAUGGGUCCGAUUCAAGAAGUCGUUAUUCACAUUUAUAGUAGCGAGACACGGGAUGCAGGUGGGAUCGUUGAGCCCAAGUACUCAGACGAUCCAGGUCUCCGAGAAUGUGCCCAAUUGAAGAUGGACCUCCGGGACCUAGAAUUGCCCAUCGAAAAAUACAACGGCAUAGAUUUCGCUUCGUUCGAGUAUGACCAUAGCAACCCACUACUGACACUGAUGAACGGAUCCCCAAGGAACCUCGACGUAGCUGGGAAAGAGAGAGCCAGAACUCACAUUGAACCACAAUUCAGCUAUAUGAAAGCGACGACUCAAGAUUGGGUAUUCCGGUUUGACAACGCUCCGCAGCAAUUGACGGGUGGCAAAGGGUAG